AUUAGGUUAUAAUGGAACGAAUUGGAAUAAUCCGUACAGCAGCAUAAGUGAAUUAGAGACAUAUUUCAGAACUGGACAGCAACAGGCAGACAGGGAGAACAGCUCUCUGGGGAGGAGCUCACUUCGUUAUGGCCGUUUUAAGGUAGAAGCUCUAAAUGCAUUCACUAAUGUCACGCGCGUGCCUUUUCACAAACUCUUAUCUCUUCUCCAGCUCCCAAGAGGCGGGAACUCGUCACCCAGAAAAAGCUCGUGAAAUACGCAGCGCCACCCAGUGCGCUCGGACACUUCUCUAACCGCGCGCUCACAACUAAGAUGGGAGGCUAUCACUUACAGAGUUUGGAAACUUAUAGCUCUCAGUCUCCUGGCAGGGUGCAAAAAAACAUCUGAAAUUUAUUUCGUCAAAGCAGACACAGUUGCGUUGCGUUAAUAGUUUUAUUGGUGAUGCUAUGCUAUCAGUAAACAAUUUAGUGUUAAGGAGCCCACAAGACAGCCGAGUCAUUACACUAGAAGGGAUGGGUGACAGCUUUCUUAACAAGACCAGGUGGACUCACAAUGCAUCACUGGCCCAGAGGUGGUUCAGCAGCUUGGAUGACAUUGAUGUGCCUGCGGACGCUUCUCCAGUACUUCGGAUUAUGAUUUCCAUCAUCUACUCUGUAGUGUGUGCCGUCGGUCUAGUUGGAAAUUUGUUGGUGUUCUUCCUGAUGAAGGUAAGGCAAGGUCGUAAGAAAUCUACUAUCAAUUUCUUUAUUCUGAACUUAGCGGUGACAGAUUUCCAGUUCGUGCUAACUCUACCUUUUUGGGCUGUGGACACUGCGCUGGACUUCAGCUGGCCAUUUGGAGACGCAAUGUGUAAAAUCAUCCUCUCGGUCACUGUCAUGAACAUGUAUGCCAGUGUCUUCUUUUUAACCGCAAUGAGCAUAACCCGCUACUGGUCUGUUGCCUCAGCACUGAAGAACCCAAGUCUCCAGGUGUCUUGUUCCAUAAGGUGGGUAACUGUACUACUGUGGAGUCUUGCUUCUGCUGCUACUCUUCCCACUACCAUAUUUUCAACAGUGACCACCGUGGCAGGUGAAAAGCUCUGCCUAAUGAAAUUCCCUGACGGUCAGUACUGGCUGGCACUCUAUCACAUUCAGAAGAUCAUGGUUGCCUUCUUUAUUCCAAUGGUUGUCCUCUCUGUUUGCUACUUGCUUCUUGUGAGAUUUCUUCGUCAGAAAAAUGUGAAUAACAAUAACCCAAAAAGAAGAUCAAAGGUAACAAAGUCAGUGACUGUUGUAGUACUCUCAUUUUUCUUGUGCUGGAUGCCAAAUCAUGCCAUCACACUGUGGGGGGUCCUUGUAAAGUUUAAUGUAGUGCACUGGGACAAAACCUACUACAUAGUCCAUACCUACGUUUUCCCAGUCACCGUCUGCCUUGCUCACACCAACAGUUGUUUAAACCCUGUACUUUACUGCUUAAUGAGAAGGGAGUUCCGAAAAAUGUUAAAGGAGGUUUUUUGGAGAAUAUCUUCCCCAACUAUUUCCCACACAUGCCAACUGCGUCCCCUUUCAGGUUCAUUUAAACCAGAGCAAGAGGACACCCAAGUUGUUAUUCCUCUCCACGUUAUAGAAAGUGAAUUCUGCAGACUGGGUUCUGGUUCUGCUGGGAAAUGUGAAACCAUUCCCUUAACUAGUGUUACUGGACAACAUUUAAUCAGAUCACAAACUGCUUGAUGUCAUACAGGUGACUGGUACCUGAAAUAACCGAGAAACUGCAUCACUUACAGUAAAGCUGGGAAAUAAAAUGCACGCCUAACACUGUGUUGACAUUUUAUAAGGUGAGUACUGGGUAGCCAUGAGUUGAUCAAACUGCUUGGAAAUAUCCAGGUGUAUGUAAAACGUCUUCAGAAAAAUGAUUAAAAGGCACCAACUGACAUUUUCAUUCAACUGAAUUGCCUGACAAGUUUCACAAACAAAACUCAAAAAAUGCAUACAUAACUGCUAACAGUCCUGUUGUAAUGUGCAUUUGCAUACAAACAUCGGUAAACAAAUGUAGUGCCAUGUACUUGAUUCUCCCAAUGUAUUUAUCGAUCUGCAACAUAAAUCAGUACCGUACAACUGGUAGCAACUAUAACAGAUUACAGCUGCUAUUAUUUACGCAUUCUUGAGUGAUAUUCACAGAGCAACGGUUAGUUCAGUGCUUCUCCAACAAAUGGACAGUCUGCUACUUUUUGUCUUUCUUUUUCUACAGUAUAUUUUACUUUUCUGGACUGACAAAGUUAUAUAAAUAUAUUUUUAAUAAAAGUAUAUAAAUAA